UUAUAAAUCUAAGGUUGGCGUGUCAAUGUCUUACGACAUCUACUGAAGAUCGAAUAGCCAGAAGUGAGAAGCUAAUUGAGCAACGAUCCGUUGACGAUGGAAUCAUCGUGAAUUUGUUGCAGUGCCGCUGCGGAAAUGUAAAUCUUUGCUUAAGCCAUCGUAUGGUUUAGCUUCUACCAAUCUGGAACAAUAUCAAUUCCACUCAUUUUAUGGCAGUCUGCUCAGAGGAGGAUAUGUUAUUGAGGACCAGGGGUUAGUCAUCUUAGUUCUGCAGUAGACCAUGCUCAGAAGAGUAAAUAAAUCAGUCAUUCCAUGCCGAUCUGCUGAGAGCUGGCAUUUACCUAAUAUUGCUGCUGUUUUGGGGUUAGUCAUCUUUGUCACUUUGCUAUUUGCUUUAUGCAGUAGGGAAAGUUUAAAUAUAGAUGAAAGUACAUAUUCUCAUGCAUCACAAAGGUUUGAAAUGCAAGUGCUUCCCGGCCCAACUGUGGAAUCUAUAAAAGAAGCAGAAGUAAUUUGGCAAAUACCAUUUAAUCCUGAGGCAGUUCUUUUUAUAGCUCAUGGGUGUGGUGGCAGUGCCCUUAACUUUUGGGAUAGAAGUCCUGGGUGUCCAAACUGUGUGGGGUUGCCUGAAGAAAAGCGGAUUGUCCUUGAUGCUCUAGCUCAGAAAUUUGCUGUUAUUGUCAUAACAAGCACUGAUGUUUGUUGGUCAUAUGGAAAAGAAGGAUCUAGGGUCAAACACAUUAUAAGAUGGUGGUUAGAAAAACAUGAUUUAGUGGAAUCUCCAUUGGUUGGUUUAGGGGCUUCUUCUGGUGGCUAUUUUCUUUCCAUUCUCGCCACGAAGGUAAAAUUUAGGGGUAUUGUUCUUAUGAUUGCUUCCGGACUGUUUGACCAGAUGGUUAACAUCCCAGAUGACUACCCUGCUACCCUCUUUGUGCACAUGCCUAAGGAUGUUGAUAGGAGAAGGAAGAUUGAUCGACAUGUCGAGAUGUUGAGAAAAAAGAGAAUUGAAGUUCAGGAGAUCAAGUGUAUGGAAUUUCCAAUCACACCAAAUUGGCUAGCUGAUAGAGUUUCGGGCGUAGAUCAAACCACAUCUACCAAGUUGUUCGAAUUGUUCCAUGACAAAGGUUUUACAGAUGCCAACGGUUAUAUGAAAAAUGAUGGGCGAGGGACUCCUUGGAGAGAAGCGCUCAAGCAAAGCAACAUUCUUUUGCCAUAUGGAUCUAAAUUAGUGCAUCACAUUCAAGAGGAGCUGAAUCUUGCGUACGCAUAUCAUGAAAUGACGAGCUUGCAGUCGGAUCAUAUUUUUGAAUGGCUAAAAUCUCGCCUUUAGAUUAAAAUCAUGAUGAAGAUUCUACUUGUGUUUACUCAUUUCUCCUUUCUAUUUCCUCUUGGGUUGAAAUAUUAAAGCUUUCUGCUGGAGCUGUUUACAGUGCAGAAAGCAAUUUAUUUGAAGUAGUCACUGAAGAAAAGUGUGACAAACAGUGGAUGCAUGUCAAAUGUGACAUAUUCUGGUUAAGAAAAUUGCAAAAUUUUCCUGUACCAGUAUCUGCACGGUGCCCUUACGUUUAAUAGUGCAAAUAGUUUCACUAAUGCAAGCGAAGUUGCAAUUUAGAACUGAAACUUUUAGGUGUUUCAGAAUCAUACUAAACGCAAUUUUCAUACAAAUGUUGAUGGGGUUAACUUUCCAUCAAUUAGGAAACGUGUAAAUGCAAAAACUUCGGCAAUUAUCAAUAAAUUUGCUUCGAAUUCUAA